AUGGCUGCCAUCAUCACACUGUACUCUCCAAAGUUCUUUCUUGUUCUGCUCCUGUUAACCCCUUGUGCAACUCCUUUAGCCGUCCAUUUCCCAACCUUCCAACAAAGUAAUCACACCAGCAGCCCGAAAUUAUUAAAUAACAAAGGAGAUGCUAGCAGUAUCGGCCUCCCUGUCAACAGCACAAUGGAAAACGUCAUUGAGCCGCACAAUGAGUACCCAUCCGUGGCGGUGGAGUCUGAUACCUACCGGAAUCCAUGGCCAGCCGUGGAGGAUUCUGAAGGCAAUCAUGUGGGUAUCGACGUCGACAGUGUCAAGUCAAAUGUUACCAGGACCAGGCCUAGGAAUGCUGUUACUGCAGAAGGAAAACUAAAUCAUGCUUGGAUUAGUUAUAAUUCUAGCUCCAAAAAUCUUAGUGUUGCCUUCACCACUUAUGUAAAUGGUAGCCAAGAACAAGUGAUCAAUUCUCUCAGUUACAUGGUUGAUCUAAAUAAAUACUUGCCGGAUUGGAUUAGGUUUGGCUUCUCUGCUUCAACAGGAGCUGCUUCUGCUCUGCAUAACAUCAUCUCAUGGAAUUUUACUUCUUCACUAGGUGAUGAUGAAUCUCUAGCUUUUCCUGGCCAAAGAAAAAAGAAAAAGAAUCUCCAAUUCGUGCCCGGCACUAUGGAUCUAAAUCCAACUCAAGAAAAUGCAAGAAACCACUGGUGGUUGAGUACUACUAUUGGUGGUGGUGGUGGUGGUGGAGGUGGACUUAUCUUGGUUUGUGUGUUAGGUUUGGGUUUGUUCAAGUCGUGCAAGAAAAGGGCACCAGAAGGAAGGGCUGCUAAAAAUCUUAUGAUUCCUCAUGACAUGAUUGAGCAAUUGGAAAAGGAGAUCCGCCGCCCAAGGCAGUUUUCGUACAAAGAAUUGGAUUCCGCCACCAGACAUUUUUCUGAGGGAGAAAAACUUGGAGAGGGAGAAUUUGGUGUGGUUUACAAGGGCUACCUAAAAGAUUUGAACUGA